AUGUCUCAUCAAAUAGUUGACCUCACAGAGGAUGAGCCUGAUGAUGGGGCAGGUUUUGGGGGUGCCGGUGAUACAGAAGAAACCCCAUACAUUAUUGAAGACGACAGCAAUGAUUUUGAGAAGGUUCUGGUCGUGGAUAGGGACGUCAGACUCCAGGAUAUUGGAUUUCAUUCCUGGAAUGUCCAGCUGCGUGAUGAUAGCUUCCUCAGAAUAACUUCACUUGGGACCGUCAACAACCGUCUUAUCUACGUGCUUGGGAGGCGUCUGGUGUUGCCAAAUAACGCCGUCAAGAGCGAGAUGAUGAUUUCUGGAGAGGGAGGAGAGCUGGUUUGGGUGACACGGCUAGAUGCGCAAAACAGAGAACAAGGUCUCGAAGUCCGAUGCAGCCCUCAGGAGAUCGACAGGUUCUGCGACAUUCUCUUUACAAACUUGCCAGAAAGCGUCAUCAGAGAACACCGCAGCAAGUCCAAUUCUGACUAUUUCUUCUGUCGCUAUAGAAGAGCUGUUGCACUGGGUGUAAAUGAAGACGGCGGGCGCCUCAACAAGCAGAAAAGCGGAAUGCUCCAAGUCAUCAGUCCAGAGCAAGCAGAUGAGACUGAAACCAGGCUCCAUGCUUGGCCCUCUCUCCGAGCAGAAGCCUCUGCGAUUCGUACAUCAUUCCGAGGAAAGAGUGACAUUGGACCAACAGGAACGAAUUCCGACAGUUAUGUCUUCGCCGACUUCUUCAGCGGUGCUGGUGGGGCGUCUCAGGGCGCAGUUGACGCAGGUCUGUCGCCCCUUCUUGCUCUCGACCACGAUUGCCCUGCGGCGAACACCUAUGCAGAGAACUUUGCCCUACGUGGUACAGUCAUAUUCAACAUGGGGGUCACCGAGUUCCUGAGACUCAGCAAAGAAUAUGCGUCUGGGGAAGGAGCAUCAACACUGAUCGACAUUGCACAUAUGAGCCCACCAUGCCAGCCAUUUUCUCCAGCGAACACCACGCCAAAUCAGACGAUGAACGAGCUAAAUGAAGCAACGUUCAUCACAGUCCGAGAUCUGCUUGAGGCUUUCAGGCCACGGAUUGUGACCCUAGAGGAAACAGACGGGCUUCUCAACAACAAACACAUAGUGUGGUUCCGGUGGCUGCUCCAAACAUUCAAGAUGCUGGGUUACAGCGUUGUGUGGAGAUCUGUCGAGAUGGUCUACUAUGGAGUAGCACAAUCAAGGACGAGGUUGAUUCUGAUCGCUGCAGGUCCCGGCGAAAGACUUCCUCCAUUUCCUGACCCUACCCAUAAUGGACCUGGUUUGCAACCCAGACCCAGCAUUUACCAGGCUAUUGGACAUAUCACAUUGCCGCCUGACCAGCACCUAGGUCCUGUGAAUGGCUUUGCAGUACGAAAGCGCCCGUUGCCUUGGAAUGGACUUGCUGGGACAGUAACGACAAACGGCGGCAGCAAUAACUACCACCCAGAUGGUUGGAGAAAAUACACUGUGACCGAGUUGGCAGCGCUGCAGACCUUUCCACCGUCCUUCCGAUUGCAUGGCCGGGCAGUGACACGUUGGAGAAAGCAGAUUGGGAACGCUGUUCCUCCAGCAUUCUCCCGUGUCUUGUUCAAGUCAAUAAAGGAGUGGCUUUGGGAUGUCGACCAGGCGGAAAUCGGACGAGCUGCAGGUUCAGGAGGCUGA